AUGGCCAGCCUGCUCCCAGAUGCCUCGACUUUGACCACAUCAACCACCCGCUUACAAAAGGACAAGGUCAUAGGAGGCGGCGUAGUAGGCCUCGCCACCGCGCGCCGCCUCACCGAGACCCACCCCUCCUCCUCCACCCUCCUCCUGGAGCGCCACGGCCAGCCCGGCACCGAAACCUCCUCGCGCAACAGCGAAGUCAUCCACGCGGGUCUCUACUACGGCCGCGCCUCGCUCAAGACCCAGCUAUGCAUCCGCGGCCGCCGCCUGCUGUACGACUUUUGCCGCGCCCGCGCCGUCCCGCACCGCAAAGUCGGCAAGUGGAUCGUCGCGCAGAACGCCGCGCAGCACGAGGCCCUCGAGCGCAUCCACGCCCUCUGCGCCGCGGGCGGCGAGGCGGGCGGGGCGGGGCUCGACGUGCCGCUGAGGUGGGUGGGCCGCGCGGAGGUUCGCGAGAAGGAACCUUUCGUCCGCGCGGAGGCCGCGGUGCUGGAGAGCCCGGAGACGGGGAUCGUGGAUGCCCAUGCGCUCAUGCUUGCGUUGCGGGGGCUUUUCGAGGAGGAGGGCGGCAUCGUGGCGCUUGCGUCUGCUGUCGUCGGCGUCGAACCGCUCCCGGGGGGAGGGGGAGGGGGAGGGACGGCGGCGGCGCUGAAAGGAUCCGCAGGCUGGGCCGUACGGGUCCGCGACGCGCAGACGGGCGAAGAGAGCACCGUCACGGCCGCGACCCUGGUCAACGCCGCCGGCCUGGGCGCCGUCGACGUCCACAACAUGAUCGUGCCCCCCGACCGGCGGCGAACCCUCCACUACGCCAAGGGGAACUACUUCUCCUACACCCCUGCCGGGGGACCCUCCAUCCGGGUCGGAAGGCUCGUCUACCCGGCCCCCGAACCCGGGGCCGGCGGCCUGGGCACCCACCUCACUCUCGACAUGGCCGGGCGCAUCCGCUUCGGUCCGGACGUCGAGUGGGUCGAUUCGCCCCAUGACCUGGCCCCGAGCGCUGAUCGGUUGGACGAGGCCCUCGCCGCUAUCAGGCAGUAUCUCCCUUCCCUGGACGCUCGGUGUCUGGCGCCGGACUACGCGGGGAUACGGCCGAAGCUGGGCCGCCAGGGGGCCGUGGUGGAGGGGAAAGGGUUCCAGGACUUUGUCAUGCAGGAGGAGGAAGGGUAUAAAGGGUGGGUUAACUUGCUGGGCAUUGAGAGUCCCGGCUUGACGAGUAGUCUUGCCAUCGCGGAAAGGGUCGAGAAGCUGUUGUACGGGUGAGGAACUUUGCAUGGAAGGAAAGAAGGGAAGCGUUGCCAAAGCGUAUGAUUAUAUUUGCAUUCAGCCAGCUUCACCACCCCGUGUGCAGGAUGAUGAACGAACCUACUCGAUAAUAGAAGUUGCAGUUUUUUGUGUGAGCUGAAUCGAAUGUCAGCUUAAGAACGCCCC